AAGUCAGCUGUUUUCUAAACCAACCUCAACUCUUGUUUUUGUUUAUCAAUAGGAAAUUUUCUAAAUAUUAAGAAAUGAACCAAGAAAUCGACGAUACCGAGUUUUACCAUGAAGAUUUUACCACUGCCUCGGACUGGGAAAUCCUUGUUGCCCAUAUGGAAGAAAUCGUCAAUCAAUGGAAAACUGAUGAGGUGAAAGAAAGUGGGGAAACACCAAGAGAAAGUUCCAAACAAUGGAAUGUUAGGUCAGAAAAACUGGUUUAUGUGGACACUAAUUUCGAUUUCCUUUGGUAUAAGAGGAUCUUAGACGAAGACUUGUCUGAAGGGUGUGAUGACAAGGCGAAACAUCCACUGGAUAAGUGGCAUGACUUCCAGAUAGAAAGUUAUAACUCGGAGGGGCUCAAGGACAUUUGCUUGGCCAGCUGGUAUGGCUUGGAUGAAUUUCUCGUUCUUAGCCCCUCCGGGAAACAUGGAGUUACAAACAAUGAAAGUAAAGCAAAAAUUUUACUGAGUGCUUGUCUGGUUCUCGUUAACAAUUUAUCCCUGGAAAUCCCAAUAUUCAUUCAAGUCAGGGAGAAAUGGCAAAAAAUGUAUUUGGGAGUAUACGAGGCCAACGGAACUCGUACAAACUUUGAUGUUGUGCAUUUAAAAAGAGGCCUGUAUUAUUGCCAAUACCUUACAGGACUGCUAGACUUGUUUAAAACUAAAAUUAUGUCCCCUUGCAUGAUUGAGAAUAUUUUUGUUUCAUAUCAAGCCACUUACACCCUAAAUGAUUUUGGUAACUUUAUUUGGAAGCAAGAUUUAACAACAGAAGCAAUGGACAUAGAAAACUUAUUUAUUCUUCCAUUUGGAGUUACUGUCGAUCCAGUUAAUGCCCUUCACCUGAAAACUAUAUGGAGCUAUAUCUCGGAACAUUCAGUUAUAGAUUCAGAGAGCCACAGUGAUUUUGACCCGUUAAAAGCUCAAAAAUGGCACUGCUCAGUUCAGAGUACACAUGAACCAGUGUGUCUGCUCGGAGAUGCUUUAGGAGAAUUUUUGGAAUUGCUGAAUAAGAGUAAUAAUGUUUAUGAUGUGCUGGGUGAUUAUGCUACUGUGCAUGUACAAGAGAGCAACCCGUUGGAUCUUCUAACUGAAUCUUCAGUUCCAACUAUUUCUACUUUGUUGAGUCGAGCAGCCAGGAAUUCCUUGACCAAGAAUAAAAGAGGUAACCCUCCAAUUCAGGAAGGUGUCCUGGUCUCCCUCCUGUAUUUCUUAUUCCCUGAUGCCGAUGAAAAUUCAAAUUUUCCUUAUGGAAAAGAUGACAAGGAGCCCUUACCAAAAAAGCUUAAAAUUAUACAAAAUUUUGAAGAACAGUUCAAGGGAUUUAAGACUUGCAAUGAAGAUUCUCUUAUUUGGAGGCUGUCUGUGGUUCUCUGUCACACCCUACAGAGUCUCGGUGGGAUCAAAGCUUUCUGUCAUAUUUGGUAUGAGUUUGUUCAAGAAAUGAGGUACAGAUGGGAGAAGGGGAUGAUGAUACCUGGAGUUACUCCGGGUAUACCAGACCUCAGAACAUGUCUGCUAAAUCAAAAACUCCAAAUGCUAAACUGCUGCUUGGAACGAAAAAUCACCCGAGACACGAUCAAGUACUCCUCCGCGGAAAAUUCUGAUGAAGACGACGAAUUCUUUGAUGCCUCAGAUGAUGUGGAAGACGAGGAACGGCGCAAAGAAAAAUUUCUGCCAUGGGACAAACCAGUGGGCAGAUUUAGCAAGUUUGGCGAUAUGAAACUUAUUAAAACCGGCGAUCCUUUAUACAUUCCUUUCACUCAGGAUCCUGUGCUGAAAACGGAAGAUCAGGUGCAAGAAGAUACUGAUAUCCUGGUAAAAUUGGGCUCGGAUCAGAGAGCGUCUGAACUUAGGGCCAGAAUAAUGAGCGCGAGUCUCCUGUCGGAUAUGGAAUCGUUUAAGGCGGCCAAUCCUGGAUCCGUUGUCGAGGAUUUUAUCAGAUGGCAUUCGCCCAGGGACUGGAUUGAGGAGGACGAGCUUGACGAGUUUGGCCAGAAUAAAGGACAUCUUAGUCCAAGAAUGCAGCUUAAUGACAACAUUUGGGUCGAAAUGUGGGAAAAUGCCAGACCUGUUCCGGCUAGCAGACAAAAAAGGCUGUUCGAUGAUACCCGGGAAGCUGAGAAAGUUUUACAAUUUUUGGAUUUUAGAACGAUCGGCCAAAUAGCAGAACUAAUAAUCCCGGUACUAUCCCAAGUCGCCAUCUGUCGUCUAGUUGACGAAAUCGAAAAUCUAACCUGCACCAUACCCGACUCGGAGUACCGCGUUACCAGUUUACUAAAACACGGCGAAAGAAUCUCGCGAGACGUGACGUUCCAGCCGAAGAGGUUUGAGGUCUUCACGCAAGAGGUCACCGUCCUUGAGAUGCAAAUCUCUCAAGUAAAUUCGUUACAGUACAAAUUAAAUCCUCAAGGAAUGGAGGAUGAGGUGGUUAAUAAGCUUAUUGGCGAGCUGGCUUCGGGUAAAAGCAUCAACCUGGAGGACAAAGGAGAGUCCCUAAUUGGAUCCAGGAUCGUUUCGAUGUUUACGGAAUCGCAGCGACUAAUCAGUUUGUCGGUUAACGACCAACCGGACACCGGGCGAAACACCGAAAACGCUUUUCCCGCGCCCACACAAAAAGAAUUCGUACUCAGGACUAAUUGUAUUAGACCCAGUUUGUAUUCGGCCAAGUCUCCGCAAUUCUUGAGGGCGAUUUUGGAAAAGGGAGAGUUCAGACUACUUGGUGCUUUCUCUGAAGAUGUGAACUUUUUUUAACAGUUUUUUUUUUAUUCUUUUUUCAUGUAAGUUAAAAUAAAGGUAUUUAAGUUGG